UAUGCUGCUGUUAGUUUUUUCCCCAGAAAGUUUUUCCUUUUCCUCUUCCGCAAUCUGAUCCCGCGAAAGAAAUUCGUACUCUCCCCCUCACCGAAUUCUCUUUCCUUUCUGCUUCUUUGUUCACCGGAAAAUUCGUCGGAAUCUUCGAGCUGUUGUUGGGUUUUUUUUUAUAUAUAUAUAUGAAGAGAUAUCGGAGUUGCAACAGAAGCGAAGCGAUUUAUGAUGCUUUGUGGUUCCUUGCGGGAUCGAAUACAGCCCUGGCUUCGCGAUUAUGUUAGGCUCCAAUCCCUCGCCGUGAUCCUUAUUUACGCUCAGAUUGGAUGUGCGUUGAUUGGAUCGCUAGGGGCAUUGUACAAUGGAGUUUUGCUGAUAAACUUGGCGAUCGCAUUGUUUGCUCUGGUCGCGAUCGAGAGCAACAGCCAGAGUCUUGGCCGGACCUACGCUGUUCUCCUUUUCUGCUCAAUUCUUGUCGAUAUUUCGUGGUUCAUACUCUUCACUCAAGAGAUUUGGACAAUGUCACCUGAGAUGUACCGGACAUUUUUCAUCUUUUCUGUGAAACUCACCUUGGCAAUGGAAAUUAUUGGGUUUUCUGUGAGGUUGUCGUCCUCGCUCUUAUGGCUUCAGAUUUAUAGGCUGGGAGCUUCUUUUUUGGACACCUCGAUUCCCCGUGAAGCAGAUUCAGAUUUAAGGAUUAGCUUCUUGAGCCCUGCAACUCCGGCCAUAGUUAGACAAUGUUCAGGUUCAGAAGAAAUUUUGGGAGGAUCCAUUUAUGACCCGGCCUACUAUACUUCUUUAUCUGAAGAUGGUCAAAGCAACAGGGGAUCACCCAGGGCAUCACAGUCAAUUCGUUGUUCAAAUGGGAACAACGGAUCCCGUUCCGCUACAGAGGCCUCUCAGAUUAAGACCUCAGCAUCCAGAUCCUUGCAGGCAGUUGACGAGAAGAAAGCUGUGAGGAAAUCGGGGAUGGCUGCACAGUGAAAAUCAAGAUCUUCCCACCCAACAAAGCGGAAAAUGCAGGAUCUUGUUGGUCUCUUGGGGGGGGGGGAGUACAAAAUGUGAUACAGGGAGAAGCCUUAUGUGUAUAAUGAUAUCCAAGGCUAGAAAGAGUACAGACGCUUUCAGAUGUCAGAUUCCGGGGAUGGAAAAACAAAAACGAGGUAAAGAGGGCUUUUUUCCACUUUUUGAUCUCUGCAUCAUAUCAUAGCUUUAUUGGUACAUUAUAAAAUUUAUCAGACUUAGGAUUGCUCUUAUUAAUAUAAUACGAUGCUGUCUAGUUCAUCAAACUUUUACCAGGGUCGGUCCAAUAUGUAUGUGUGUGUGUGUGUAUAUAUAUAUAUAUAUAUAUAUAUAUAUAUAUGUGUAUAUAUAUAUUAUUGCUAUUUAUUUUUUAAAAUGGAAGAAAUGAGAGAAAAACGAGUUUGGGAGGAGAGAACAAAAGUAAGACGAAGAGGCUAAGGUCAUGUGUCAUUUGACUUAUAUGUAAUUGAUUAAACAAGUGUUCACUCCAUUCGGCGACCUCCGUCGUCUCCACGCGUAACCGCGUUAAGAGCAUUUGUUUUAGUAAUAUAUGUCUAUAUAUACACACACAUAUAUAUAUAUAUGUAUUAUGCGAACCGUAACGUGUGGAGUAUCAUUUGAAUUUAUAGGCCUUCACAUUAGCGUCAACGGUUUAAACACACACAGAUUUUGAUUGCUUUGCUUCUGCUCUUCUCUAUGCCUUGAAGAUGUAUAGUAAGAUGCAUAUGAUUUCUUAUAAAAUAAAAAGAUGAAUAUAACUAUAGUUUAUGAAUAAAACGGUUGUUACUGAAAAAUAUCAAAGUUGAUGACUUUAUAGAAAUCAGAAAUUACGACCACUAUUAAAAUUUAAAGAGAUUUGGACUUUGUUCGUAAAGAAGCCUCACCAUCAACUCAAACGUCACGUAUAGAGUUCUUUAUGUGUUAGUUACCUCACAUGUAUUACCAAGUCAAUUCUCUUCUUUGUUAUAAAACCAACCAUCGUCCAAAUAAAAAGCUCGUCCUCUCAUAUACUUAUGAAAAUGUGUCGUCAAGUGGUGUGGUUGAUGGCUUUGGUCCUCGUCGUCUUGCUCUCCAGAUCGAACGCAUCUCUGGUCCGACCCUACGAGCCAAGUGAGUUUCUUUGAUCCGCUGUCUUGAAUUAUUCAAUAAUCUAAAUGUUCGUUAAUUUGUCGGUGGAGGAAAUAGCAGAAUUAAGAGGAAUCAAGAUCGGAGUGGGCGGCAGCAAUUCGAAGCGCGCUCUUCAAAGAAAAGUACCGCCUGGAGGAGGAAACUAAACUCCACAGUCACCCACGACUCUUGCAAUUACACUUUAACACAUGUGUAUGUAUAUAUGUAAUAUAUAAUCCAUAUUCAUUUCGAUGUGUUCUCACCCUUUUCUGUGUAUGUUUCGUUGAAACAUGUAUAUAUAUAUAUAUAUAUAUAUAUGUGUGCGUAUUGAAUUUCGGGAGGUUUAA